AAUCAUCAGGAGCAGACUCCUCCCGGUCUCCAUUUGGCCAGCGGCUGAAAAAAUUUUCGAGCCUUUCCACAGAGGAGAUUGUGGCUUCCCUAAUUGCUAGCUCUGGAGAUUCGCAUCAACAAGAGAAGUCAGCCUUAUUUAUAAUCCAAGAAAGCCUUCUCUUUCCUUCAUUAGCUAAUUAAGAAAUUUACAGACCAUCACGAGGUGCAUCAAUUUUCUUCAAGGAAUUCUGCUAUUGCUCUGUCUUUCCCUGUGACUGAGGCCUUUGGCUUUACAGUAUGCUGUCGGCGGCCUUAAUUACUUUGGCCAGAAGUGGCGGGAACCAGGUGAAGAAGAGAGUGUUGCUAAGCUCCGUCUUCCUGCAGGACAACAGGCAGGUGACUCCUGCCUGCUACAGCUCCACCACCGAGCCCAGGUGUUCUCGAUUUGACCCCGAUGGAAGCGGGCAGCCAGCCACUUGGGACAAUUUUGGGAUCUGGGAUAACCGCAUCGAUGAGCCAAUUCUGCUGCCACCUAGUAUCAAGUAUGGCAAGCCAAUCCCCAAAAUUAGCCUGGAGAAUGUGGGCUGUGCCUCCCUCAUUGGCAAACGGAAAGAAAACGAAGAUCGGUUUGGGUUCGCACAGCUGACAGAGGAGGUGCUGUACUUUGCAGUAUACGACGGGCACGGGGGACCGGCAGCUGCUGACUUCUGUCACACGCACAUGGAGAAAUGUGUGAUGGAUCUGCUUCCUCGGGAGAAAGACUUGGAAACGGUCCUGACCAUGGCCUUUCUAGAAAUUGAUAAAGCCUUUUCCAGCUACGCCCACCUGUCUGCUGAUGCAAGCCUCCUGACCUCUGGGACCACUGCCACAGUAGCCUUGUUGCGAGAUGGUAUUGAACUGGUUGUAGCCAGUGUUGGAGACAGCCGGGCUCUUUUGUGUAGAAAAGGAAAACCCAUGAAGCUGACCACUGACCAUACCCCAGAAAGAAAGGAUGAGAAAGAAAGGAUCAAGAAAUGUGGUGGGUUUGUGUCUUGGAAUAGCUUGGGACAGCCCCAUGUAAAUGGCAGACUCGCAAUGACAAGGAGUAUUGGAGAUUUGGAUCUUAAAGUCAGUGGCGUAAUUGCAGAGCCCGAGACAACGAGGAUUAAGCUCUACCAUGCGGAGGACAGUUUCCUGGUCCUCACCACAGAUGGGAUUAACUUCAUGGUGAAUAGUCAAGAGAUCUGUGACUUUGUCAACCAGUGCCAUGAUCCUAAUGAAGCAGCCCACGCAGUGACUGAACAGGCACUACAGUAUGGUACAGAAGACAACAGCACUGCAAUCGUGGUGCCCUUUGGUGCCUGGGGAAAAUACAAGAACUCUGAGAUAAACUUCUCAUUCAGCAGAAGCUUUGCCUCCAGCGGGCGAUGGGCCUGAUCACCAGCUUGGACUCAGGGUUCCUCUGCAGCAGGUGUCGGCGGGCAUAGCAAGAAACUGGUAAUACCCAGAAGGCCACCUGUUCCUUUGUGUCCCUGUGAACUGAUAGACCCCAAUACAGUGUAAGCUUACCAGCCGUGGACACAGUAGUAUUUUCAUAAAUCCUCAUCACUAUGUGCAAGUGUACAAGCUCAGCAUAAGCACCAUGACAAAGCUGUGAAGCCAUUGUGAGUCUCCGCACUGAGUGGGAAAAGGAAGUGGUUUGGUACACUCGAUGAAUGGUAAAUCUUUAUGCUUUGUUUUGUGAUGCUAGAGAGUGAGUCUGGGGCUUUCAAAUCUUUAAGAUUACCAAGCAGAUCUGGUUUCUUUUUAGUGAAUUCGUUCUUUAUUCAGUUGGACGGGUUUUUCUGAAUUUUGACAGAUAGUGAGUUAUCUUCAACUGUUCCUCUUUUCUUUCUCUCUGUUUAAAACAGUUCUCACUAGUUGGCCUUGCACUCCUUGGCUCAAACAGUCUUCCUGCUUCAGUUCCCUGGGUACCUGGGACUCCAGGAUGCUCCAACUUUCAAGUGUCUUUGUUUAUUUCUUUGUUUUCAUUUUUAAUGUUUUAGAGACAAACAAGCAUAGAUUUACUAAAGAAAAGUACUCCCAGGAGAUGCAGAAAUUCUUAGGGAAGAAUACCCACAAGUGUUAUUUUUUGAUAAAUGUUCCAAGGAGUCAAAAUGAAAAACUUUUCUGUUACUGUAUCAUGUACUCUGGACCAUGUAUUAGUAAACUUAACCCUUCAAACUUCUUCAGGCAAAAGACAGGACUGAAGUGUAUCCAGAUUUGUAAAUAGCUCUCUUGUGUAUUUGAACUCUUUUUACCCCCUUCCCCAUCCAUUCCUAUUUUUCUGCAGUUAAAAAUGUGCUAUAUAGCUCCAGCUGUUCCUUAAUCUCCCAAGAAGAAUGUACAGACUCCUUGAUCAAAACAUGUACAGGGAAACACGGACAGUGUUUCUGUUUGUUGAUGGUGUAUGUAAGUUUGUUGUUGUGUGUUUUGUAAACAGUAUGUUUGUAUCAUUUUUUCCACACAAAGUAAGCAAGUUGAGUCAUUUGUUAGUAAAGAUAAUGUUGCAAUGACUCAUACUGCUGUAGACAUAGCUUGAAGUUUAUGUCUCCAUUUUCCUCAUUUCUGAGAUUUAUGAAGAAGAAUAAAUCUUUUAGAAAGUAUAUUCAAACAUGUCAAUUUGCUAGGUAAAUUGGGAAUCUAAACCUACACUCCUUUUUACCUGCAUAUAAUUUUGCUGUUCAACUGUGAAUCCCUAAAUGUGUAUUUGUAAUUAAUCUAUAGCUUAUUUUCACAAACUGUGUAAAUUUGGUAUAUGUGUGGUGUGUGUGUAAAUAUUUCGAAGUAAUAUAACAUUAAAGGGAACAGACUUAUGGAGCCUUUAUGAGUUAGCUUUAAAUUAUUGAUAUAUUUAUCCCGAAGGACACUCAGCAGAUUGAGUGGUUUUCUGUAGUAAACAAUCAGUGGUUAUCAUUAGAUAACCACUUGGAUUAAAAAUAUAUAUGGGGGCCAGAUGUGGUGGCCUACACCUAUAAUCUCAGGACUUGGGGGGAGGAGGUAAGAGAAGCAGGAUGGUGACUUUGAGGUCACCCUGGGGCUGCAUAGCAAGUUCCAGGGAAGCCUGAGCCACAGCUUGUCUCCCAAACCAAAAUAUCAGCAACAAAUGGCUAUAAGAGACAUUGUAUUGUGCAUAACCGAUGUGGAUAACCAAAGAACAGAAGCAGCCAUAUUGUGUGCUAAUUUGAAUAUAAAAUUAUGGGAUAUUAAAAGAUUAGGUAAUGUUAAGGGUGACAUGGAAUUUUGAGGCAGAAACAAGAGAAAAAUAAUGAAAUAUAUAUGCCUUCAAGUCUGGCGUGCUUUCUUCCUUUAAUUUUUGUUUUAAAUACCUAGUAGAAAGAAGAUGUCCCAAAAUAAAUUUUUUCAUCUUCUUGUUUUUGGGAAAUGGAAGAAAAUAUAUUUUCAUUUUACCUGCCUACCCUAUUUAGAACAGGCUCAAAAAAAGAAUUUAAGGUCUUUUCAUGAAUGUUAGUCGGAAGGAGAAGAACAUUUGCCAGGCAUGUUAGCUUACAUGUGCCAUUCCAACAUGUAGGAGACUGUGGCAGAGGAAUCCUGAAUUUGCUAUGAGCUGCAUAACAAGACCCCGGCUCAGGAAACAAACAAAACCCACAAGAAAGAGCAGAGUCUGUGUUCACUGUCUGAAAUAAAGAGGUGCAGGGAGACUAGCAGAGCUGAGACGCUUUCUUGUUGAAUCAGGUGUUGGGACAGAAUUAUGGAAACAACUUUUAAGACCACUGAGAACUUGUAAGCUAAUGUGUGCAUAAAAAUGACAGCAUUCUGGUGUGUAGUGUUCUGCUGGGUAGCGUUCUGUGUAUCAUUCUGCUGUGUAGCGUUCUGCUGGGUAGCGUUCUGCUGGGUAGCGUUCUGCUGGGUAGCGUUCUGCUGGGUAGCGUUCUGCUGGGUAGCAUUCUGCUGGGUAGCAUUCUGCUGUGUGGGCUCCAUUUCUGCUCUGAGUUCUUUGCAUUACUGCUGCUCCUUCCCCACCCCCCAUACCCCCCCCCUUUUUUUUUUACUUUGAAACCAGGGUUUAGAGUAAACUGGUGGAAUUCAGAGACCUGAGGGUCAUUGAAAAAUAGAGGUAAAUUUAGAUUUGACAAGGAGGGGUCUGUGGAUAAUGGCCUUGGGUGCACUUGACCCUGUUUCUUCUGGAAAAGAUUUUUGGUGCUGGUGGUGAGGUUUGGUGUGUGUGUGUGUGUGUGUUUGUGUGUGUGUGUGUGUGUGUGUGUGUGUGUGUGUGUGUGUGUUUGUAUCUAUAUGUAUUUAUUUUUGGAAAGACUUGUCUUAAACCCCUGAGUGCUGAGAUUAUAAGCAUAUGCUCCCAGGCCUACUUUUACCUGGAAGAAAUUGAAAACCCUGAUCCAAUCAUCCUUGAUAAAGGAUAGAAAGUGCUGGUCUCCAUAGGGGCUGGGCUGUAGCCUUUCCUGCAGGCUUUCUUAACACAUAUUUGUUGAGGACAAACCUGAAUAAACUACAAGUCAAUAAGAAAAAAAUACAUGUGUCUGUAUUUUCUAAGCCUCAAUAUUAAAAUAUGAUUUAAAGAAUAUAAUUAUAAUCCUAAGUACACGCAUGCCUCUGUUCUUACAAGUGGUACAAUAGUGGAAAGAAAGGGACUGGUCUUACAUACUUUUUAGUAUGAAUUUUGCUGGGAGUUUGCCAUGUGGGUCUAGGCUUGGAAUAAAUGAUAAAAUACAGAAAGUGUAAUCGUUAUAUAUCUGUGUGUGUGUGUGUGUGUGUGCCUUUCAUUUACAUGUGGUUUGUAAAAAAAAUCUCUUUUGUGUUGUGCCACCCGUUAUUUGGUGAAAUGUUCUUUAAAGUAUUGUGAUAUUUUACAAUUAUAAAUAUCUCAUCAAUUCAGAAGUAAAUGUAGCCCUGUUCCCUGCCAGCUGUUCACUUGUCAGGAUUCUUUGUGUCUCUUGACUGCUUCAAAUCCAGGCAUUUUUCCCCUUAGGGUUGAAAGAUCCCUUGGGAGGGAUCAGUUUUGUUUCUUUGUGCUGUAUGAUAUGAACCUUCCCAUAUUACUACACUUCUAAAUUUUUACUUUGAAGAAGUAGUAGCAUAUAAUCUAAAAUACAGAAAUUAUUUGAAGUUUGAAAUUAUUUAAAAUUUAAUUAUUAAUUGUUAAAGAAUGGAUAUGAAAUUAAGCUCGUGGUAAUGGGAGAGUAAGAAGAUGCUUCCGGGUGGGACCUGGGGUGUUCAAGUUUAGAAUUAACAAGUGUAGCCAAGCAUUGCGUUUUCCUUUACUGCCAGGGUUCCCCACACACCUGUGUCUAUAAAACAGUGUCUUGAGAGUUGGGCUGUUACAUUACGUUGAAUUUCUUGGCUUUCAUUCUGAGAAUGGCUAAAGCAGGAAUAACAAGUCCUGUUCUGCAAGGUAAAUAAAGCAAAAUGGUGACUUGCCUGCUGCAUUUGACAGCUGGGAAAAGACCAGCUGGCUCUGUGGCAGCUCCCAUUGGCUGCUGGGUGGUUGGAAUGAUCCAUGGGGUCCCUAAUUCUGAGCUGUGAGAACUUAGAUGUGUCCCACAACCCACCACCAAGAACGACUGGGCUGACAUUGGAUUCUAGUGCAAAAGGCAGCACAGUGAUGUGACCUAAAUUAAUUGAAUUUCUGCUGCAGUUCUCUUGGGCAUAUUUGUUUUGUAAUUUCCAAAGUUCUGCUUGGUACAGCCCCUUGUAGCGAGUCUGGCUAUUCUUGUAAAUGUCUGUGCUAGGGUAACUGUCUCAGUUGUGAAAACAGCCUAAUAAAAUGCACAUAUAAACUCUUCCGAAACCCCACUUCUGCUUAUUUGGCAUCCAGAUUGUUCUAUGUUUAUCGUGUCUGAUUUGAAUGAAAUAAAGGAUUUAGUGUCAAUAAAGACUUGGGGAUUUCCUUA